AUGGCACAAGAUCACAACUGCGGAACCAUUCACAUUGAGCGAGAUGGCUCUCUCAUAUACCAAACUACUAGUACUGACCCAAACAUCUCCAAUGGAGUUCCUGCAUUUAUCAUACAAGAAGAGCUAGACAGAUUUCAAGCAGUGUGGUGGAGUCCAAAUACUACUAGAUUAUUAUACGAACGCGUGGAUGAAACUUUGGUCCGCUCACUGAUGUUCGUUUGCCCGGGCAGAGAAGCUGCGGCACCGAUGAAAUAUCCAGUGGCCGGCACAGACAAUCAUACAUCUCAACUUAGGCUGGUAAUUGUUGAUGGAAACAAUUGCUUACUAAGGCAACGUAUUAAGGUGCUCGACUGCGGACUAAGAAGUCCCCUCAAAUCUCGCUACCCUUGGGUAGAGUACAUCUCCAGAGCGGGUUUUCUCAACGAUGGGAAAACGAUAUGGGUGCAAGUCAUGAACCGCAUACAAUCACAAGCUGCCUUGAUAAUCUUGCCUGAAUCGGAAUUUGAGGGAAUAACUCCAUCUGGACCAGUCGCGGAGCCAUGCAUUGUGAAAGACGAGAUCUCCAGCGCUUGGAUAAAUAAUCACAACGCCAUCGUUCCUCUUGAUGGAACCGAUUCCACGGUAGAGUUUAUCUACGCCAGUGAGCAAAGUUCAAAUUGCCAUCUUUAUUACAUAAGCGCUCAGAUCGUCAAUAACGAAGUUGCCGAAGUCCAUGAGCGCGUAGUCACCCAAGGCGAGUUUUCUGUGUGUAAGUCUACCAGUUUAGUAAUUGACAAGAAUCGUCGUUUGGUCUACUACAUUGCGAAUGUUGCUACACCCACCGAAUGGAGCGUCUGUGUUUCGAACUAUGACGAAACGGUAGCCGAAAUGCGUUGCUUAACGGAAAAGGGUUUAUCAUUCAAAGGAGAACGAGCCUGUCACAAUCUGUGCCUCCUGCCGUCAAGUGGAUUCGCUUGCUGGAUGACCUCGCUUAGCCAACCACCUCAAUGUCGAUACUACUCCCUAGUCUUUUCUGAAGAUUCAGUCCUUCCCAGUGCUACGCUAGUCGCACAGAUCGGGUUAUCUGGCUAUAAUUUACCAGCAACAGUUCAAAUCAAUGACAUACCAGUUAUUGUAGAAUAUUUAUCG